CUAAGCCCUGGGGGCUGUUACAUGUAAUCCCUGCAAUCUUAUCAUGGCGUCUCAAGUCGCCUCAUGCUGCAACAAGUCACUUCAAUUCACGAGCCUGUUGUAGCCGAUAUCUUACAUUCCUAUAGCGCCAGUCGAAACUGCAUUGCUAUACACACUUUGAAUCUAUUAGACAACUCUCUGCUGCAGCCAUACACCUUCCGCAAACACUUCAUGAGCCACACGUGCUUCUCCUGAGCUGUCACCCUGCUCAUGCAGAACUAGCUCCCCUUCAGAUGCAGAUACAGAUGACGAUACUCGAGAAUGAGCGAUGAUGCCUCGCCGAGCUCUACGGCGCCGAAUGAAGCUUCCACGGCCGAACCAGUCAAUGUUUCAUCCGGCAGCCGUGUCACAUGGAAUCUACCACGCGAGCAUUCGAGAUCAGCUUGGUCGCGCGCCCAGUUGCACCCUCAGCGUCGCAAGAAGAAGAAAAGCAGGAAGAAGCGCAACCCUGGAUUAGCGAGAAAGUUGGAAUUUGUCACACAUUUGCUCAGGAGUCUUGAUACCCUGGUUUUCGCGGAGCUGAGUGGACUGUACUAUAUGGAGUGCUCAAUGUUUCGAUUCAUCCUAAGAUCUGUUGGCCAGUACUUAUAUCUCACGCCGAAGGAUGAGUCAUUUCCUUUCUUAAUGCCUGCGAGUCCCAUACAUGUGUGUCUCGUUCUCAUUCCCAACAUCAUCUGCAUACUUCUGCAUAUUUUUGUUUCUCUGCCUGUCGGUCCUGACUACCACCGAGGCUAUAUGCACGGUGGCCUGGUCAUCGACUUCAUAGGGCAAAAGCCCCCCACUUCUCGCAUUUACUAUGUUCUAGCAGAUGUCAUGAUCCUCGCCGUUCAAUGUCUAAUGCUGACGGUCCAUACUGAGCGGGAGAGACUGCGGGUGACUCUUAAGACCUUCCGACCUAUGGUGCCUGAUGUGGCUCAGGAGAUGGUUCCUACCAUAGAAGAUCUGGAUGCGGAAGAGCGUGGAGUAUCAAGGGACAUGCCCGGCUCAUUACCGGCUGAUGAGGAGGACGGCAUCGAGUUGCAACCCUUGCGACGUACCAGUACAACUGAGGAGGCCAACUCAACGUCGGGAGAAUCAGAGCCGUCGGCUAGAGAGCCACUCAUCGAUGAACCAACACGGUCACAUCUGUCUGAUGUCCUGAGUUCCGGAAAUGCGAUCAUCGGCGAAUAUCAUGUUCUUCACUCACUUCACAAUGCAGCGUUGAAUAUUGAGAGAACAGCCGCAUAUUCUCUCCGUACAAUUAGCUAUGGAGCAACUAUGGCUUCCAUUGAAGCGCGGAGACGAGGCCUCAAUGUGCCAGCUCGAACAGUUCAGAACGAUAGACAAUGAUAUCAAUUUAGCGAGUUUGAAUAAUUUUCAAGGUCUGAAUCUGAAAUAUAUAAAUGGAUUAUUCUGUGCUUUUACGCUAUCUUUCUUCCAACAUUACCAACGCCAGUGCCUUUAACAGAAACAAUGAUAUCAUUCGUAUCGUCCCCAACGUCCCUCAAGCCCCAACUGCUUGCGCCAAACGUCUUCAGGUCUCUCGCGAGGAUAACCAUCUCUUCAUUUGCGAGCACUUCCCUACCGAUUCUAAGACGACCAACAUCCUCCGAUCCCAUAGCCAUAAGCACAAGCAUAGUCUUGGCUGAAACCUGGGUGGCACAGCCACCUUGGGAGAUGUUCUCCAGUAGCUGGAAAGCGCACUGCUUUCCAAUAUCCUCAGGAACAACGCCGCCCUGGGGAGGAACGACUACGUCUGCAGAGUAGAGAAUUCCAACAGCGCUUGACUCAGCGACCAAGCUCAAACCGAAUCCUAUUCCAAGCCGUCUCUUGCUUCCUGCCUUGUCGCCAGUGGGUACAAGCGGUGCCUGGUCAUACUGCGCAGCGAUAUGAAUGUCGGAAACCAAAGGAUUCAGGAUCUCUCGUGCUGAGUGAAUCAUGCGGGCGUUGUUGGAGGCGGAUACUCCAGUACAGUAUGCGACACCGCGAAUGCGCUUUAUCCGACCAGGGCUUCGGUUGAGAUGCAGAGUCUUCGGUAGUCGCACUUGGCUUGCGAAUCGCAACUCCACACAGCCACCGCCACCCUUUCCACCGGGUCCAGCGCAUGAUCGUUGAAGUACCCUAAGCUCUAUCCGCGCGGGAGGGAUGCCAAACAGGGCAAAGAGAGGGAGGAUGGCAGUUCGGAAAGAAUCGACGGAGAUGUCCCCUGUCUCGGUGGACGAUGUUAUAACGCCAGGACCAGUGAAUCGGACGUUCAUGUGCGCCUUGGAAAAGGGCGCAAGUAAACAGAGAGGCAUAAGGAAGUAGGUGACGCCGCGGGUAUUGUUAACGGAGAUGUUGUGCUCAAUGACAUCGCCGUCAGAAGCGCCAAAACCAGCGAUAGUUCCGGUGAUCAGGCCGGGGUGAUAUGUUAUAGUUGUACCGGUAUAAGAAAUUUGCAUGGAACUGCCAUUGGUGACAGCCUCAAGCAGGCGCAAGAAAGAAAUCUCAUGGGGGGCAAGACCUGGAUUCGUAGGCGAUGUGCUUCGGAUCUUGGAAAUGUGGAUAGGUCGACCGGUCAGCGUCGAGAGAAUUAGACGCUGGGUGAAGGAUCGAUGUCCUGUGAAUCGGAGGAAUUCUGGCGUGGAAUUCGACAUUUUGCUGCUGUUUUGGGGGUAUCCUUGGAGUCGCAAUAUUUCCAGCCCGUCGACGAGUACCAAACAAAAAUU